AUGGUCAUGCAAUGUCCGGUGUAUCCAGUGAGACAGUCCAUCUUUGCGCCACCGCCUUCUCCGGCUAGGAAAUCUUCUCAGCCAGGCAUUCUUCUCGAUCCAAACGACAAACUAGAGGAGGAACAGCUACCAGGGUACUCGCCGGAGGAUUUCUACCCUGUGAAGAUCGGUGACGUAUUUCAAUCAAGAUACCAGGUAGCUGGAAAACUUGCCUUUGGAGGCCAUUCCACAGUGUGGUUGUGCAGAGAUCUAGAGCAACAUGCCUAUGUUACAUUGAAAGUCUACGAGCGUGACCCUAGCCAUGCAAGAAGAGAAAAGGACGUGUACAAACAUCUUAGAAACGUCGAGUCAAGCCAUACAGGGUCUAUGCUCGUGCGCCGCGCUAUGGAUGACUUUCAAAUCAGUUCGGCGGGAUACGCCCACUCCUAUCAGUGCUUCGUGCAUCCUCCUUUAGCUAUGAGUCUAUGCGAGCUACGCACUCGGACAAUAGACGGAGUGCUGCCGGAAGAUCUGCUCAAGUCAACUUUGAUCCACUUACUGCUUGCUCUCGACUUUCUUCACACAGAAGCCAAGAUUGUUCAUACUAGUAUGAUAUUCCUAAUACUGAUUGUGAAACCGCGCACACUCCUGGAGUUCCCUAUUGACCCAAUAUCAGAUAUACAGGAAGAUAACGUCCUGCUCAGUGUGGAGGAUGAGUCAAUUCUCGUUGAUUUUGAGGAAGCAGAGAGUUCCAGCCCCGGCCCUCGCAAAGUUGUUGGCGAUCGGGUGAUCUAUUCCUCCCGAGACCUAGGGAUGCCAAAGGUGCAUGGCCGUCCUAUCUUGUCGGACUUCAGUGAGGCUCGCUUUAGCUCGAGUCUAGGGAAGCAGUGGGAAGAUGUCCAACCUUUCGUCUACCGGGCUCCAGAGGUUAUAUUGCGGAUGCCAUGGAAUGAAAAGAUUGAUAUUUGGAAUAUAGGUGCCCUUGCCUGGGAUCUUUUUGAGAAGAAACGUCUAUUCUACGUCCGCGAUUCAUACAGGAACGUCUCAGACAGCCACCACCUCGCUGGGAUGAUAGCAAUCAUGGGCGCGCCACCAAAGGAAAUGCUUCGAAAUAGCGAUUAUGCGAUGAAAUUCUUCGAUAGCGACGGCAAUUGGAUAGGUACCGCCGAAAUUCCCUCUAUAUCUAUGGAGAAGCUGGAAGACAAUUUGCGAGAUACAGAACAAAGUUUAUUUCUAUGCUUCAUGCGGAAGAUGCUUCAGUGGCAGCCAGAAGGUCGAGCAUCUGCGAAAGAGUUACUGGCGGAUCCUUGGCUGAAGUCAACUUAG